AAGACCGACAUUUCCUCCCAUUUUUUUAACCUCAACUUUGAUGCUAACCACAAAACACAACCCUCUUUCCAUUUCAGUCGGCAAUUCUGAAGCUCUUAGAAAAAGUCAAAUCAUUUUGAGAAAAAACAAAAAAGUAAUUAUUAGUUUCUUUUUCAUUUAGACUUAGGAGCUGAAAUCACCUUGAAUCUCAAAAUAUUUUCAUUCAUCAGAGGAAAAAAAAAAAAGAAAACUGUUUAUUGAAUUUUGUUGAAGGUAGUGAUUUGAUUGCGUAACCCAUUUUUGUUCAAGUUUUUUCUUUGAUCCUUCAAUGGAUUCUGACUUCUGGACCUCGCGUCUUGCCGCCGCCAAACGCCAGUACACGCUUCAGCAUCACCACCCAAGUUCCCAUUUAGAUCGGUUAGGAAUCGAUGACUUUGAUGUGGAAGAAGAGGUGCGACCCGAUUUCCCGUGUCCCUAUUGUUAUGAAGACUUUGACAUCGUGUCUUUGUGUUCUCAUCUUGAAGACGAGCAUUCAUGUGAAUCAAAAGUCACGAUUUGUCCUAUAUGCUCAGUUAAAGUUGCACGGGACAUGUUGAGUCACAUAACGCUGCAACAUGGGCACUUGUUUAAGGUACAGAGAAGGCGCAGGUUAAGAAGAGUUGCUAUUCCAAAUAGUCAGACAUUGUCACUUUUGGGUCGAGAUCUUCGUGAGGCUCAUUUACAGGUGCUUCUUGGUGGCGGCGGUGGCGGUGGAUAUCGGUCAAACAGUGCCACAGUAUCUAAUGCAGCUACUGAUCCAUUCCUAUCCUCUUUUAUUUUGAAUUUCCCUGCUUGCGAAGCAGAAGAAAUUUCGAAAUCUGUAGUAACAAGUGCUGAAGAUUCUUCUUCAAGGAAUACGGCACCUUCGCAUAUUUGGAAAUCAAGUUUUGAUCCCUCCUUGAGUAUUGAAGAGCGGGAGAAAAGGAUAAAACAAGCUGCUGGAAGAUCUGGUUUUGUGCAGGAUUUGUUUCUUUCAACUUUAUUAGGCGACUAAUGGAAACUGUGAGUUGCUUAGAAAAGAAUAAUCAGACAUGAGAUCCAUCCUUUAGGAUCUUGAUGAUAGAUACCUCCAGCGGGAUAGGGUGGUUAUUUGGUAAUCGAUGUUAGCCCAAGUGGGAUAUUUGUGGCAGUGGCACCUUUGACAAAGUGCUGAAUCUGAUGAUAGUUAUCCUUAUCCAUUUAUCCCAUACUUGUAAGCAUCUUCACUAGAGAUGUAUUACUUUCUUUUCUUUUUUUUAAAAAAAGUUUUCUAGCUUAUGGAAAGACUUAUAUUUUGUUAUAUUGGCAUUAUGAUUCCUUUAGUAAUGAGAACACAGAGGACCCUUAUGCUUCG